CGGAGAUCUAGAAGGCGGCCAGGGACCAGAUAACAGACUCCAGGCUGCUCCAGUGCUCUCACCCUGCCCCCAGGCUGCCGGGCUGGAGCAGCUGAGCCGUGGACCCCUCCCUCCCUCCCAGCUGCCUGACACCCAGAGGGAAGCUGAUAUGGGAGGGCGGGCUGCCAGGGGCCAGGCCCAGAAUAGUGCUGCCCAGCCACCGCGGCCAGCACUCGCUCUCCGCAGGCCCCUCUGGCCCCAUGGAGCCCGAACUGGAGCACUCACUGCGCACGAGCCCGUCCUGGAGCAGCCGUGUGAGUUCUCAGCACCAAGAGAUGAGCUUCCUGGAGCAAGGAGACAGCGCCCCGUGGCCGUCCCCCGCCGGGACCACCCUCGCAGAGAGGAGCCGGAGGAGGCGGCGGGCCAGGGCCUCCAGAUGGACUCGGCAGGAGGCUGUGGAGGAAGAGGACCUCCCCGGCCUGGGGGAAGGGCCCCCGUCCAGGCCAGCUGCCGAGCCCGUUGGGCUGGAGUCCACAUUCCCCACGGCCACACCCUUGGCCCAGGCCGCUCCCUGGGACGUCCUCCCCUCCGAGUGCGCCAUCUCAGCCACCGGCUCCGGCCGAGAGCUCCCAGCCACGGCGGCCUGCGGGCCCGAGCCCGGCCUGGCGGGAGAGAGGCCUGCCCCGUGCCCCUCCCCGCAGGCCCCACUCCCCAGGCAGGGCUGGGACGACGAGCUGCAGAAGCCCGGAGCCCAGGUCUACAUGCACUUCAUGCAGAAGCACACCUGCUACGACGCCAUGGCAACCAGCUCCAAGCUGGUCAUCUUCGACACCGCCCUGCAGAUCAAGAAGGCCUUCUUCGCCCUGGUGGCCAACGGCGUCCGGGCCGCACCCCUGUGGGACAGCAAGCAGCAGAGCUUUGUGGGGAUGCUGACCAUCACAGACUUCAUCCUGGUGCUGCACCGCUACUACAGGUCCCCGCUGGUCCAGAUCUACGAGAUCGAAGAGCAUAAGAUUGAGACCUGGAGGGAGAUCUACCUUCAGGGCUGCAUCAAGCCUCUGGUCUCCAUCUCUCCCAACGACAGCCUCUUUGAAGCCGUCUACACCCUCAUCAAGAACCGGAUCCACCGCCUGCCGGUCCUGGACCCGGCGUCGGGCGACGUGCUCCACAUCAUCACGCACAAGCGGCUGCUCAAGUUCCUGCACAUCUUUGGCGACCUGCUGCCCCGGCCCUCCUUCCUCCAGCGAACCAUCCAGGACCUGGGCAUCGGCACGUUCCGAGACCUGGCCGUGGUGCUGGACACGGCGCCCAUCCUGAGCGCCCUGGACAUCUUCGUGGACCGGCAGGUGUCCGCACUGCCCGUGCUCAACGAGGAGGGUCAGGUCGUGGGCCUCUACUCCCGCUUCGAUGUGAUCCACCUGGCCGCCCAGCACACUUACAACCACCUGGACAUGAGCGUGGGGGAGGCCCUGAGGCAGCGGACGCUGUGCCUGGAGGGAGUCCUUUCCUGCCAGCCCGAAGAGAACCUGGGGGAAGUCAUUGACCGCAUUGUCCGGGAGCAGGUACACCGGUUGGUGCUAGUGGAUGAGAACCAGCAUCUCCUGGGCGUGGUGUCCCUGUCCGACAUCCUUCAGGCCCUGGUGCUCAGCCCCGCCGGCAUUGAGGCCCUCAGUGCCUGAGAGCAACUGAGUCCUCAUUCCCGGACCACCUUCCGCAGCCGGAGCCAAUGAGGGAGCCGGCGUCGGCCUUCAUCUCCCCCCACCCCCAUUAGCUGGUUCGACUCUGGUUCAGGCUUCUCCAGCCCUCCCCAAAUGCCCUUGCCCUGACCAUUCUCCCAGAAGCCCUCGGGAAUGCCCAGUGCACUAUGGGAUGAUGCAGCUGAGUCAAGCCUAGAGGUCCCUGAACCAGAGGCACUGGGAUUGCCCUAAGGCCCCCUGCUCCCUGUCCGCCCACAUCACCUUCCCCCACCCGGGUCUGGCUGGGAGCCCUCAGCCUCUGGGCAGAGUCAGGGACUCUGGAUUCUUCGGAGCUCCUAAGAGUCCCAGCUGUUCUUCCCCCGGAUAACCUCUGACCUCCUACUGCCCCUGCACUGUCGUUUCGGGACUGCUGGGGGCAGCAGUUAUUUGCAGAACUGCCUGUCAGCGUGGCCCUCCCUCUGUUCUCCUCCUCAGCUCUCACCUGCAGACAGUGUUUGGGUUCGCAGGGAUGGCCCUGUAUUCAGGUCACUGGCCAUGAAUAAUAGAGAAAACA